GACCUGUGCAUAUGGAGGGCCAGUUGUAUUUGGAACAUAAAUCUUCAUUGCCUAGGACUAAAAAGUUUCUUGUUGUUUUGUUUCUUUCUGACACCAAAUAUGUGGUAUCUUUUAUUCUUCGAUAUCAAGUGGUGUUCACAUGUUGAUCCUGUUCUGACACUAACUGCCCAGAAGCAGCAUAGACCCCACAGUUAAGGGCUCAGUCUCCCACAACUGCCCCACUUCAGCACCAGUAGCCACCUGGGGUAGGUUGUACCUGUGUUUCUCACCUAACAGAUAGGAGCCAGUGGUCCCCACAGCUACCCUCCUCAGAUCUGAGCAUUUGUCAUGACGACUCAGGAAUCUCUGGAAAACACUUGUUUGCCAGUUUAUUACAAAGGGUACAACUCAGAAGCCACUUUCAAAGGAAGAUCUGCAUGGGGCAAGGCCAUGGAGGGGUCUCUGUCCAGGCAUUUCGUUUUCCCAGCAGGUCGGGGUGUUUGCCAGCCUGGGAUCUGCCUGGAUUUUGUCGUUUAAGGCUUCUUUUCUGUUUUGAGAUAAUGGGGAUUGAACCCAGGGCCUUGCACAUGCUAGCAGAAAUUCAGGAAGCAAAAGCUCCCAGUCCUUCCAUAAACCGGCAAACCAGCAUUGAAACAGACAGAGUGUCUAAGGAGUUCAUAGAGUUUCUCAAGACCUUCCACAAGACCGGACAAGAGAUCUAUAAACAGACCAAGAUUUUUUUGGAAGGAAUGCAUUACAAAAGGGAUUUGAGCAUCGAGGAGCAGUCAGAGUGUACUCAGGAUUUUUACCAGAAUGUGGCGGAAAGAAUGCAGACUCGUGGAAAAGUGCCUCCAGAAAGAGUCGAGAAGAUAAUGGAUCAGAUUGAGAAGUACAUCAUGACGCGCCUCUACAAGUACGUGUUCUGUCCAGAAACCACUGAUGAUGAGAAGAAGGACCUCGCCAUUCAGAAGAGGAUCAGAGCCCUGCACUGGGUCACACCUCAGAUGCUUUGUGUCCCUGUAAACGAAGAAAUUCCAGAAGUGUCUGACAUGGUGGUGAAAGCGAUCACAGAUAUCAUUGAGAUGGACUCAAAGCGUGUGCCUCGAGAUAAGUUGGCCUGCAUCACCCGGUGCAGCAAGCACAUCUUCAACGCCAUCAAGAUCACCAAGAACGAGCCUGCAUCUGCGGACGACUUCCUGCCCACACUCAUCUACAUCGUGCUGAAGGGCAACCCCCCACGCCUGCAGUCCAACAUCCAGUAUGUCACCCGCUUCUGCAACCCCAGCCGGCUGAUGACGGGGGAGGAUGGCUACUACUUCACCAACCUGUGCUGUGCUGUGGCUUUCAUUGAGAAAUUAGAUGCCCAGUCGUUGAAUCUAAGCCAGGAGGAUUUUGAUCGCUACAUGUCCGGCCAGACCUCUCCCAGAAAGCAAGAACCCGAGAGUUGGUCUCCUGAUGCUUGCUUAGGUGUGAAGCAGAUGUAUAAGAACUUGGAUCUCCUGUCUCAGUUGAAUGAAAGACAGGAAAGAAUCAUGAAUGAAGCCAAGAAACUUGAAAAAGACUUAAUUGAUUGGACAGAUGGAAUUGCAAAAGAAGUUCAAGACAUUGUGGAGAAAUACCCACUUGAAAUUAAGCCCCAGAGCCAACCAUUAGCAGCUAUAGACUCUGAAAACGUUGAAAAUGACAAGCUUCCUCCACCCUUGCAACCUCAGGUGUAUGCAGGAUGAUGGACAUUACGUGGCAGCACUAUCGGAGCCUGCAUCGUAGGUAGCCUUACUGCAGCCUGCCAGUGGGUCUGGAUGUAGCUUGACUGCUUAUAAAUGGCAGAGUGUUUUUAAGGUACAGUUCGCGGGGGUUGUUUUGUUUGUUUUGUUUUCUUUUUCCUGGUAGGGGAAGCUUAGUUAAUAAUAAAGUACUAUUUAUUUGAGUUACUGAAAGAGAUUCAUUCAAGGCUUGUGUGGAAGUUUCGUCUGACCCUUUGUUUCCUCCGUGGUUCUGUGUGCCUCCUCCAUGGCAUUCGCUUGGUUUGGUUUUGGGGAGUAAUUGCCUUCACAGGGUGAAACAGGCAGACGCUGGCCAGUUAUGUGUGAGAGAAUUCACUGUUGUCACUGUCCCACGGUUUGAAAUAAUUUUGUAAUUGUAAAGAUAGAAGAUAUAUCAAUAAGUAAAUAUGUAAAAUUGUAAAUAUGUAAAGGUGUUGUGCAUGGCAUUCCAUGUAUGUUUAUUUUUCAGUUUAAAAUGAACUAUGUUGAAUGUUUGUCUUCA